AUGGCCUCCGUCGCUCUUUCUAUUGCCCUCUUCGCCGGCGUUGCCGCCGCGCAGUCUUCCACCGUGAACUUUGCGCCCACCCCUCUUAUCAACGUCAAGUACCCCCGUCCCUCCGACGCCCCCUACCAAGUCUUUGAUUUCAAUGGCCAUGACAUCUACACGCGCGGAUACCAAUCCGGCUACAACAUCUGUAAUUCCACCACCGAGGGCCAGGACUCCUCUGCCAGACCCCUCACUAAUGUCUAUUCAUCUCCAGACUUCUGCCUCUGGGCUCCUACCAAGCUCUCAGAGAUUGGCGAUGCCGAGGGUGAUGUCGUCGCCUGGUGCACCAAGAAAGGCCACGGCACUCGCAUCAUCCCUGAAGGUACCAUCAAGGGCAUGCAGCUCCUUUUCGACGGAGAGGCGUACAUGAUGACCGGCAGCAUCGACCAGACCAAGCUCAACAUAGUUGCCGGUGACUUCGGUGGCGAGCUCGACUCCGGAGGACAGGAUGGCCGUGGUAACCCCAUCGGCGGUCUCUUGUACUCCACCACCUUCUCCCCUGAUGGUCAGCUCUUCCAGACCCGUCACUGGACCGAGUUCAUCGGCAGCAACCAGUUCUGCUUCAAGUGGUGCAAGGAUGACGGCCCGAACGCGGCCGGCAAGUGCCAGCACACUCUUGAUCGUAUCGGUCUUGCGUACAACUGCCCCAGCAAGUACACCGUUGGUGCGGGCCAAGCCGAUGGCGAGUUCGAAGUCUGCGACUCGGACUCCUUCCCCAUCCCUGGUGUCUACACCGACGCCGCGGGUGCCACUCAGUCGUACGCUCAGCCCCCCGAGUCCCAAGGCGCCAUCACCUCGAUCCCCUACGACCCCACGGCCGCGGCGACGCGCGCCUGCACAACCUUCGCCUCUGCCGCCCUCUUUACCGAUGCCGUCGCUGCGCCGUCCAGUGGUACGUCCGCCGGCACCACUACCGGCGCUCCCAGCACCAAGACCAACGGUGUUUCCACCACGAAGAGCAGCAGUGGCUCGAACCCCACCAGCUCGUCCUCUUCGAAGACCAACGGCACCAGCAGCGCCUCCGGCGCCAUCCCCGCCGCCGAUGCCCUCCCGAUGUCGCUCUUCGCAACUGUCAUCGGUGUGCUCUCCGCAAUUGCCAUGUUCGCGUAG